CUCCGUGACCCGGUAACCGCCCCCCCCGUGCCCGUCACCCCGUGACCCCGGUAACCACUCACCCCCCCCCGGCUCUGCCCGUCGCUCCGUGACCCCGGUAACCGCACCGUGUGGGGGCAGAGCCCCAUGGCGCGGCGGCGGCUGGAGCGGGCACUGCUGGAGUCACGCAGCAGGGAGAGGGAGGAGGCGGCCCAGGGCCCCGCACAGCUCCGCAUCAGGUACCAGGUGCCACUCAGCAGCGACCCACACGGGAUCUACAGCCUCCGCUUCGCUCCGGCCGGCGGGUGCCUGGCAGCUGGGUUUGGCAAUGGGGCCGUGCAGAUUGUGAACGUGGCCACAGCCUCCCUGCACUCGUCCCUUUUCCGAGGACACCGUACGCGCCACGCGAUCACUGCCUUGGCCUACCACCCAGGGAGACCCAGCCUGCUCCUGGCUGUGGGGGCUGAUGGCAUCAUCUCUCUCUACAGCAUGGACUCAGAGACACCGCUGGCAACAGUGACAGAGAAGGAGAAUGAGAUCAAUGCCAUGGAUUUCUGCAUGGACGGCAGCACCUACGCCACAGCUGGCAAGGACCGACAUAUUCGGCUCUAUGACAGCCACACCAACCAGCUGUCCCACAUUCUGCAAGCUCCUGACUUCAUGACUGGUGAUGUGACACCAAGCAGUGGGCACUCUCGCCGCAUCUUUGCCCUCCGCUUUCACCCUGGAGAGCGCCAUAUGUUCCUGACAGCUGGCUGGGAUGACUGUGUGAAGAUCUGGGACAAGCGGAUGGCAAAGGAGGCUCAGAGAGUGAUCAAUGGGCCUCACAUCUGUGGCCCAGGCCUUGACAUCCAGGGUAACUGCGUGCUCACUGGCUCCUGGGUGCCCCACAAUGCACUUCAGCUCUGGGAUCUACGGACAUCCCAACUGCAGAAGAACCUCCCCUUUCCUGGGGGCCCCACACAGGGCCAGUUCCUCUACGCAGCCCGCUUCUGUGACCAGGACAUAGUGAUGGCUGGGGGCAGCGGCACCAGUGGAGCCAGCGCCAUCCACACUGGCACUAACCAGGACUACGGCCCUCUGCGAUGUCUGGGAACACAGGACCCCCAGGCUCCCCUUCCCAACUCCCCUGCACCCCUCUGUGAGACCUGGAGCAUCCAGACCCCUGGGCACCUGCUGGCAUCUAAUAAACUUUCUGCACCUGAAAAGUUUCCUGAUGAUGCAAGAAACUCUCCAGCCUUCCUGGGAAUUUCAGCCUGGCACAUGGGAAAACCAUUCUGGUUGGCUGCCUUUCCACCUCCUGGGGACGAGCAGCCAAUCAGGGCUGCUGCAGAGGCAGCUGGAGCUCUUUCCCCUCCUCUCCAGAGCUGUGUCUGGGUGAUGGAGGGGCAGGGAGAGCAGCCAACAUCCUUGCAGGAGGGGAAGGAAUGAAAAGAGUCCCCCUCCCUCCCCCAUCCUUGCAGCUGGGAAGGGUGAAGAGAAGCAGGCCUGGGAAAGGGUGUGAAGAACCCCUGGUACUAGAGGAGGU